AUUUGAUUAAAUGUACAACUGGCCCUUUUACAUUUAAAUUGCCUAGAGUAUUUUAAAUAAAUAAGUUGCUAGCAAGAAUUCAAACCAUUUAUGUUCAAUAAGUAGGUGGCAAUGCAAUAACGAUUUUGCGCAAAAGAGAAAUGACGUUAGAACGUUUUAAAAGAUGUGUUUAUCUGAGUAAAUAACAGCUGUCUAACUAUAAACUGAAAUAGUUGGUCAAUAAUAAAUACGGUACGGUUACGUUAGAGUGUUUUACUUUAUUUAUACCGGUGUUUGUGCCGUGAUGCCACUGAAUUUAAGGAAGAAGGACGUUAUUGUUACCCAUGGGACCUUUCAAGGGAACAUUUGGGAAUUUAAUGAAAAAUGAGGAAAAAUCCGUCAGGAGUUAAUGGAUCUGUUAAGGUUUUUUUUCCUUUGGAGUCCGUCACACGCAAGUUUUGCUUUUAUUUCUUCUUUUAACCACUGCUUAUUCUACAAGAAUAAGCUUAUCAAUUGGAAUUGUAGCUAUGACUAAAGUAAACUCGACAUUUUCACCGACGUACGAUUGGAAUGAUAAAAGUACAAUUUUAUCUUCGUUUUUUUGGGGUAAUAUCGUAACUCUAUUCCCAGCUGGAUAUAUAGCUACGAAAUAUGGACCAAAAAUGCCAUUUUGUAUUGCAACGAUCAUCUGCUCGAUAUUUACAAUUGCAAUACCAUUUAUGGCCCGAUUAGGAUCAUAUGGUGUUAUGAUAUGUAGGAUAGUACAGGGGAUGACUCAAGGGUUCUUCUUGCCUGGGACAUCAAACCUUUUGGGUAAAUGGGUUCCGCCGUCAGAAAGAUCACGGCUGGGUUCGUUUGUCUAUUCCGGGACUAUAUUGGGAACGGCACUGUCGAUGCCUAUAACAGGAUGGUUCUGUAACAGUUCGUAUGGGUGGCCCUCUGCUUUUUUCUUCUUCGGAGGUUUGGGACUCAUAUGGGUGGUUGCAUGGUUCUUUUUGGGGGCCAACAGUCCCUCGGAGCAUAAAUCGAUCAGCAUAGAAGAACUGGAAUACAUCGAAAAGUCCUUUUUCAAAAGCGAAAAACCCAAAGACAUUGAAACCCCUUGGAAGUCAUUUCUUAAGUCGACACCUCUGUGGUCCCUUAUGUUUGUGCAAAUGGCUCAUAAUUGGGGUUUCUGGAUCAUGGUCACGGAAAUUCCCAGUUACAUUAACGCCAUGUUCGAUUUAGACAUUUCUGCGAACGGUCUUCUGUCAGCACAGCCAUAUUUCGCCAUGUGGUUGUUUUCGUUUGCUUACAGUUUUUUGGCGGAUUUUUUGAUAAAUCGUGCGAUUUUUACUAUUGGAACUGUGAGAAAAAUUCUCAACAGUAUAGGGAUGUACGGUCCCGCUAUAGCACUAAUUUUCCUGUCGUUUUAUGGUAACGUUUCUUUAACUGUCACCAUGGUACUUCUGAUACUAGCUGUAGGACUCAACGCCGCUGCUUUAAGUGGCUUUACUGUGAAUCAUGUGGACAUGUCACCAACACAUUCUGGAACCCUUAUGGGAAUCACUACUGGAUCUGCUGUUACAAUGGCAAUUCUUGGUCCUCUUUGUGUGCAAUGGGUUGUUACCGACGAGAAAGACACUUAUCUCUGGAUGAUAAUAUUUUUAACGUCAGCAGCUAUACUGAUAGUGGGGAAUACGCUGUUCGUGAUUUUUGGAUCUGGAGAGAUCCAGCCGUGGGACCCAAGUUAUGGUAAAUAAAUUAGUUACGAAAUAAAAUGAAUGCCCAAAAUCGUAUAAGAA